GUUUUAUUCCCGUCCCUCUCUCUUUUUGAGGAAACCUCGGAUUGCGAAAGCGGGCCCGAACCCCAUUUCUUGUCUCCAUGGGCGAAAACAAAGAUCGGCACGUUCCAGGCCCGCUUAGAAUUGGUGCUCAGAAAGAGAGAGCUGCGGGGCGUGGGGAAGUACGGCAUCAGUUCUGUUUCAUCUGCAUUAUUGAUAAAUAUGGUAAACGAGUCCUUCGGCUUCAACGGCUGGCUGUCACAGAUUCUCGACUGCCACAUCGCAAGCCAGAAUUUCGACGACGAGAAAAACGAGUAUUCCAUGGUGCAAACUGCGACGGUGCGGAUCGUCCUUGAUGAUGGCACCGAAGUCGAGGCCAAGGGCAACGGCGAGGUACGUGGGUUGCCGUCAAAAUACCAAUGUCUCGGUACAAGCAGGAAGAUGGCGUGCACCGAUGGGCUCCGCAACGCGUUCUUGAAGUUUCCUGAUUUGCUU